AUGUUUGAGGAGGCAGUUUCGAAAAGGAGAAAAGGGGUGGAGAAAAGGUGGAAGAACGGAGGACAGUGCUAUUAUCCGAUAUAUUUAUUCGCGGCAGCUAUAGUUCUUCUUCGUCGUCAUCAUCAUUAUCAUCAUCAUUAUCAUCAUCAUCAUCAUCAUCAUCAUCAUCAUCAUCAUCAUCAUCUUUAUCGUCGUCGUCAUCGUCGAUCAGUAUCGUAAUUGUGAUCGUUUCUUUUAAUACAUCGUGUAUAGUAAGUUUACAAAAAUCUGCGAUCGUCAUCUGUUUCAUCAUCGCGUUUUUCCAUCGAUUACUUCAU